UGAAGGGUGUUUAAAAAAUGUCAUUUGAUAUUAUUCACCAAAUUUGAUGUCGCCUAGUGUUAUUCGCCGUUAGCCUUUUGGCACACUUUUAAAAUUGAAGCAAAAUCACUUGAAGUUGUAUUUUUUUGACAUGGUAAGUUUUUCCCACUCUGAAGAAAUCGCCACGCAGCCUCCUCGUCUCAUUUGGGAUAUGAUGCAUCAUUCAACAUGACGGGUUCAGGGUAAACAGGGAUUAUGUGUCUUAUCGUGAGUGCAUUACACUCUGUGUCCUCGUGACCUACAGCAGCACCAUAAUCAUAAAGAAAGGAAUGACUCUGGUGCCUUCUGCCAAAAAUCAGAACAUCCUUCAAAUGCCCCAAACCACAUAGCUUUUACUUUGUACAUGAUGUACAUUUCCAUAGACACAUACACCUCCAUGUAACACUGACCGGCUUUAGUUUUGAGAUUGUGUAGUAUAAUGAACUGGCCAAGAGACAUAAUUUUAAUCAGCUUGGGAAGGUAAGAUGUUUACAGAGAUUACUUUAUAAACCAGAUUGAAGGUGAAAGAGGGGGAACCUUGGACCUGUUCUUGGUAGAAAGACUGAUCACAGAGCCUGUAUGACAAAGCUGGAUUUCUUGCUUGACUGGAUAACUUGCCAGAUUUACAGUAGUCUGGGACAAAUAAAAUGCCAGUUAUUAAUGUAGAUGAUUUGACAGACAAGGAUAAAGCAAAAAUGGAGGUUGAUCAGCUUAAAAUUGAAGUGAAGCUGGAGAGGGCUUUGGUAUCAAAAUGCUGUGAGGAAGUAAGAGAUUACAUUCAAGCUGGAGCAGAAGAGGAUCCUCUUGUCAAGGGCAUUCCCGAAGAGAAAAACCCAUUCAAAGAGAAAGGCGGGUGUGUUAUUUCCUGAACUGGACAGUAGACGAGUCGUCCUCCUGCAGCUUAGCUACUCCAGCACAUUCAUACCAUGUAGAAUUAGGUUUUCUGGACUGAAAAUGAAAGGCAUGGGACGUUGAAAACAUCUACUAUCCCCAGGACCUGCUUCAAUGUUUGAAUUCCCACUGUACUUUCCCUGCAAAGCAAGAUAAUAAAUCAAAAAAAUUGUCUGCAA